CAGAAAGCACACGAGUGAGGGGACAGGGCACGACUAUCAUAAAGGGACCCUGCAGUUCUGAAUUUGGCACAGCAGUGCUGUGCUCGCUAGGAGCUUGAACGCAGCUCUUCCAAAUAAAACGCGAUUUACGGGCGGACGCUGCUUGAGGGGGAGGAGGGGGCGUUGCCAAGGCUGCUUUCCGAGGGCCGGGGUCCGCCUCCCUUCUACGCCAAGGCCUAGCUGGACUUAAACGGUAGGCCUCGUUACCAUGGUUACCGAGGCCUAGCUUCGGGCUUGAGUUAUCCUGGCGCUGCGGAGCCCGCAUGGAGGGAGACCAGCCGGAGCAAGCACAUAUAGGAGGCAUAAGUCAGCAGCUCAAGGAAGAAGGGGUUGACACUACCGCACCUAUAAAUGAUCAGCUUUGUUAUGUCUGGAGCUUGUUCCUGCGUGGUCAAGAGGAGUUGCGUUCUGCCACUGGGGAGUUAGAGAAAUUCAGGCAACAGCAAGUAGAAGAGAUGAGAGAGGUGGAAAAUUACGUGGGCCAUGUCCGUAACUUGAUGGAAGCACGGGAUGCUCUGGCAACCGAAUUUGAGAGAGAAAAUGAGCAGCUCAGGAUGGAAUUCACACAACUACAGCUUGAGCAAGAAUCCCAGCAGAAGGAAGUGGAAGAAAUGCUGGAGCAGGAAGGUUUGUGUGAUAUUGCCCGCAGCAGCCCCAGUGAACAGGUCGCUUAUUUCCUGGUUGAGAGGAGCACUCUGCUGGAGAAAAUAGAUUUACUGGAACAAAAGCUGCAGUCCCCCAGCUGUUUGGAAAGCCUUUGUGCUGCUCAGCCUCAGUUUCACACUGAAGAGUUGGCAAGAGAAAGUGCCUUGCGCAAGCAUGCUGAGCAAGACCUGGAUGAGGUUGCACGCAGGCUGCAGAGGGCGCACAGUAAGAUCCGGAGACUGAUGGAGGAAAUGGAUGGGCAGAAGAAAGAACAGAACAAGCUGGAAAUGUCAGAGCUGCAGAAGGCCAGAGAACUCAACAUCCGAUUGGACAAAGAAAUCCUGGCACUACGCAACAGAGUCCGAUUCCUUGAUUCAGAGAGAAAAAAGUUCUUGGGCCGGGUUGUAAAGCUCGAUGAAGAGAUUCCCGAAUAUCAAAUGACUGAGGAGGAGCCGAGAGACUUACUCACUGGGAUCAACAAAACUGAAGAACUUGAAGGCUGCUUGUUGCAGGAUAAAAAGGGAAUGGGGAAAGCUGAAGAGACAAACAUAUUGGAUGAAGCUACCUCAGACCGUGCAAAUAACCUUCAUCAAAGAUGCCGCCGAGCCGUCGAAGGCCUUGAAUGCCAGAAUUCACAGCUUCUGCACAAGCUUCGCAAGCUGGAGCAGGAGCAUGAGGACUUGGUGGAGCGCAAUGCAGGGCUGGAGUCGCUCCUGGGAGAGUUGCAGGACCAAACCCAAGUCGAGCGGGAGCGGUGCGGGUGCGAGGUUGAUAGGUUGCAGAGGCAGAUCUCUUGUUUAGAGGCAGAAUUAUGCAAAGUGCAGAAGACGGAAUUGGGCAUGGUGGAUGAGGAAAUGACCAAAGAAACGGCAGAUUCCCAAGAGAUGCACAGAAGUCAGCAGGAGAAAGUUGCAGAGCUAGAAAGUAAACUCUUGGAGGAGACGGAGUGGAGGAAGCAACUGGCGUGUGACCUCGAAAUGACACAGGAUACGCUGAAAGACAGAAAGAAGGAGCUUCACAAUUCCAAGCUGGAACUUCUGCAGCUUAAUAGUGAACUCCAGAGGCUUUGGGGUGCAGCUGAGGAAAGAGAUUUUCUGCAUGUGACACAUGAAAAACUACAACAAGAAAAUGUGUUGCUUGAAAAGAAGCACCCACCCACAGAGAGACUUGACCAGAAGGAAGAGCUGUUGCAGCUCCAGCAGGAUGUUCAGCGAGUCCAGAACAUGUGUGACUCCACUGAGAAGGAGCUGAGGCAUGAACGAGAGAAGACCUUGGAGCUUGAGAAGCACAACAUCUUCCUCCGGCAACAAAACGUUAAGGUCAAAGCUGAACUGAGGCAAACGCAGCUGAAGCUUUCGGACUUCUCCAAGGCCUGUUUGGGUCUCACCUCCCAGUGGGAGCUCAGCCAGCAGAAAGUCAAAGAGAUGGAACUGGAGCUGCUCAGGCAAUCCCAGGCAUCAAAGCAGCAGAGCAACUUGCGGGAGAAGCUCGCCCAGGAGAAAGCCAAAGUCAGCGAGGCCGAGAAAAGGAUUUUGGUGCUGCAGCAAAAACUGAAGGAGUCUCACCAUCGAGUGCGGCUCUCCGAGACCCACAUCCUGAUGAGAAAGCAACUGGGGGAGGACCUGAAGGAGGCCAGAGAAAGUGAAACCAAGGCCCAGCGGCAGGUUCAAGAAGAGCAGUGGAAAAGGAAGCUCCUGGAUCAGCAGACCGAAGAACUUCAGCAGCAGCUCAGACACUCCCAUGAGGAAGAGAUGCGGCUUGUCAGAACCUUUGCUGAGCUACAGCUGCUGUGUCAGCAUCAGGGGGUCCAACUGCAGGUCCUGGAAGAAGAGAAGAAAACACGCUCCGAUGAGCAUCUUCAGUGGCAAAAAUAUAGUCAGAAAGUUUCAGAGCAGCUGUUGGCGUUGCAACAGGAGAAGGAAACCCUCCUCGAGGAGUACGAGCGCAUCCUGAAGGAGGUGGCCAUUUCUGUCAGAAAACAGAAAGAGCGGCAGCUCCGGCAGAAGGCCAAACUCCAGCGAGUGAAGGAGACAUUCAUCUGUGAAGUGAAGCAGCGUGAUGCGCACAUCAGGCAGCUUGAAAAUGACAUCAAGCUCUCAAAGAGUCAGUCAGACAAGGACUGCAUGCUGAUUACACAGAUGACCACUGAGAAUGAAGCUUUACUCCAAGAGAAAAGGAAGUUUCUGCAGCAGCUUCGGAAACUAGAAGAAGCUGAGCGAAACAGUAAACACGACCUCUCCACAAUCCAGAGCAGAGUGCAGCUUUUGGAUGAAGAGAACAAGAAGCUCCAGGAAUGGAUUUUCCAGCUAACGGGUCAGGUUGGAGUUCUGGAGCGCGCACUGAGGAGCGUCCACAGCCACAGUUUGGAAGAACUGAAGAGUAUCAGCUUCUCUGAAUGCCGGCAGCAAAGCAAGGUGCUUCCCAUUUCCAGUUUAAGCUUCUCAGUGAUGGGGCUUUCGGACUCUUGUGGCCUUCUGAAAGUUGUCCAGGAUGGCAAAUCUAAGGAUCCUGCAGAAAGGUCUCUACUUCCCUCUUUGCCUUUCCGGCCUUCGGAGAUCAACUACUUAAACUUGGCCUCUCCAGGGAAUACCUUAGACCUAUGCAAGGAGGAGCAGAGUUAGGCCUUGUGCUGUGAUCACGUCUAAAGGGAACAUUCUGAAGGAGAAUAACAGCACAGAAACCCAGGGAGGCGGCUUGUUACUGCCGCUUGGUUGCAUUGCUGCCAUUUGUCAAGCUGUCUUCUGAGAAGUUUAGUUAAACAAAAAGACCAUCUUUAAAAAAAGAUUUGACUAGCAUAACUGUAAGUUUUGAGUCUUUUAUCUUGUA